AUGGCUAACAUGGGGAGCCAGGCCGUGAGCAAGCCCGCGUCCGGAAAACAUGGCAACGUAUUGCCCCUGUGGGGCAACGAAAAGACUAUGAACCUCAACCCGAUGAUUCUUACUAAUGUCCUGUCCUCGCCGUAUUUCAAAGUUCAGCUGUAUGAGCUUAAGACUUACCACGAAGUUGUGGACGAAAUCUAUUUCAAGGUGACUCACGUUGAGCCAUGGGAGAAAGGAAGCAGAAAGACUGCAGGUCAGACUGGAAUGUGCGGAGGGGUUCGAGGAGUUGGCACGGGUGGCAUCGUGUCAACGGCCUUCUGUCUACUAUACAAACUGUUUACGCUCAAGUUGACGCGCAAGCAGCUGAUGGGCCUCAUCACGCACACCGACUCGCCCUACAUCAGAGCCCUCGGCUUCAUGUACAUACGAUACACGCAGCCCCCAGCCGAUUUAAUCGACUGGUAUGACGGAUUCAUGGAUGAUGAGGAGGAGCUGGACGUGAAGGCCGGCGGCGGCUGCGUGAUGACCGUCGGCGAGAUGCUGCGCUCCUUCCUCACCAAACUGGAGUGGUUCUCCACGCUGUUCCCCCGCAUCCCGGUGCCUGUGCAGAAGAGCAUCGACCAACAGAUGAAGAGUAGGCCUCGCAAGGUGCCUCAGAAAGAGCCGCCGGAGGAGGAAGAGGCCUUCGACGAGCCGGGGCGACAAGGCGACCGUCGGCCCUCAAGGACCCCCAGGCGGACACCGAGCCCCAGACGCUCUCCGAAGCGGUCGAGGAGCCGGAGUCACCACCGCGAACGGGACCGCCACGGCCCCAGCUACGACCGCGAGCUCGAGAGGGAGCGGGAGCGUCAGAGGAAGGAGAGGGAUGCCAGGGAGCGCGAUAGGGACAGGGAGAGGAGACGAUCCCGCAGCGCCGAACGAAACCACCAAGAUCGACGCGAGCGGCGACGGAGCCGCAGCGGCAGCCGGGACAAACGGAGCGAGCGCAAAGACAAGGAGCGGGACGGAGGCGACGAUAGGAGCAAGAGGAAGGAGCGGGACCAUCACAGGGAGCGACCCGCCGAGAGGGACAGGUCCAGGGAGAGGAAGAGCAAAGGAGAAAGCGACGACAGGAGAUCACACAAAGAUGACAGGGACAGGCACAGGGCCAAAAAGUCGAGCCGGAGUCGCAGCCGGGAGAGGCGGCACAAGAGCGGCGGCGAGGAGAAGAGCAGGAAGCGCGACGGCAGCCACGGCGGAGAGAAAGAACGAGACGGAGAACAACGCUCGCACAAACGCAGUCGCAGCCGCGAGCGGAGCCAUCACCUGCGAGAGGCCAGCAACGACCACGGCAAACACGGCGAGCGGCGAAAGAGUCCCAGCAUUGAGUAAUGUCACUUGCUACAUCCAUUUUUUAUUUUUUGGAAAUCCACUUCUUGUCUCAUAGACUGAAUGCCACCCGGAAUCGUCGUUUGGUUUUUGCUUUUUUUUUUUCCACGUCCUAGUAAGCCGUCGUUAGUCCUCACUUGACAUUGGAAGGGUGGCGUUUUAAUUUCGUACGGUUCAUCGUUUCGGCCCCUGGAAAAUAUGAUUUUUGUAUAUAUCUCAUGUUUCUGAGACUUGUCGACACAUCGGUGGCAGGAGUUGCAAUCAUCCAUGUGGUGGGAACAGUCAGGCCGAGCUAAAUGCUACCGUAUUUAGCCACAUAACACGAUUUCUAAAAAAUAAAUGCAUAAACAAAAUGUCGAUGCAUCUGUGUACUUCACAACUGAUCUGAGGGAUUCCGUUCCUGAUUCUGGAGACCACCUGAGAAUGUUUUAAUCCCUUCAAGUAGAGUCUGCAAAGGGUGCAGCUGAGACCACAGCUCGUCAUGUGUCUUGAGCUGUUGCCCUGUUGCGUUUUGUUUUCUAAUAAAAUACUUUUUUGAACAA